ACGUAUUAAAAAAAAAUAAUGACAGCAUAACCAAAGCAGAGCCCCCAAAAGGCCGAAAUUACUUAAACAAAAAAAAUUAACAUACUAUUUAGGAAAUUAGAAAGAAAAAAAAAAAGUAGAAAAGAGAGUCUACUGUUAUCAGAGAAGCGUCAAUCAAGAACGAUUAGCAUUGAGUGACAGCUCAUCUUUUGGAUACUCUCUCCCUUUCUCUUUCUUCCCUCUGAUCGAUUCUUUCCUUUGUGGCUCUCUCUGAGAGAGAGAAAGGUAAGGAAAGGAAAAGAAAAUAAAAUCCCAAGCAAGCAACACGUAGCGAAUAAUAAAAAAAGAAAAAAAAGAGAAAUUGAAGAUCAAGGAAGAGGGCGAAGCAUUUAUUUAUUUAUUUAUUUAUUUUGGUAGAGCGAUCUGAGCGGUUAGAGGGUACAAAUGGGGACUCUUCAAACAUGGAGAAAAGCGUAUGGCGCUCUUAAAGAUACCACCAAAGUCGGUCUCGCUCAUGUCAACAGCGAUUACGCGGAUUUGGAUGUAGCAAUAGUCAAAGCUACCAACCAUGUCGAGUGCCCUCCCAAAGAAAGGCAUCUUAGAAAAAUCUUCGUUGCCACUUCAGCGAUUCGGCCUCGAGCAGAUGUUGCUUAUUGCAUUCAUGCGCUUGCCCGCCGAUUGGCCAAGACUCAUAAUUGGACGGUUGCAUUGAAAACACUUAUAGUUAUCCAUAGGGCAUUGAGGGAGGGUGAUCCUACUUUCAGAGAAGAGCUUUUAAAUUUCUCACAAAGAGCACGCAUUCUCCAACUUUCUAAUUUCAAGGAUGAUUCUAGCCCUAUUGCAUGGGAUUGCUCUGCCUGGGUACGUACAUAUGCAUUAUUUUUGGAAGAAAGACUUGAAUGCUUUAGGAUUCUGAAGUAUGACAUUGAAGCUGAGCGUCUGCCAAGACCUGCCCAGGGGCAGGAUAAGGGUUACAGCAGAACCAGGGAGUUGGACAGCGAAGAAUUGUUGGAGCAAUUGCCUGCGCUGCAGCAAUUGCUUUAUCGUCUCAUUGGUUGCCAGCCAGAAGGUGCUGCCAUAGGCAACUACGUUAUACAGUAUGCUUUGGCUCUGGUAUUGAAGGAGAGCUUUAAAAUAUAUUGUGCUAUUAAUGAUGGAAUUAUCAAUCUUGUUGACAAGUUUUUUGAGAUGCCAAGACAUGAAGCUGUCAAAGCUCUUAAUGUAUACAAGCAAGCUGGUCAGCAGGCUAAUAGCCUUUCUGAUUUCUAUGAAGUUUGCAAAGGAUUGGAACUUGCUAGGAACUUCCAGUUUCCUGUUCUCAGGGAGCCACCACAAUCUUUUCUCACUACCAUGGAAGAGUACAUUAGAGAGGCACCACGUGUGGUUUCUGUUCCAACAGAACCGUUGCUUCAAUUAACAUACAGACCUGAGGAAGGUCCUUCAGAAGAUAGUAAAUUAUCCAAUGAUGAACCUGAGCCAUCUGCGCCUGCCGAUAAUGCUGGAGUUUCCGGUGUUGAGACUGCUCCUCCUCCACCUCAGACCAACAUGGACACUGGAGACUUACUGGGAUUGAAUUAUUCUGUACCCAGUGCAUCAGCAAUUGAGGAAAGUAAUGCUUUAGCUCUAGCCAUAGUUCCAAUUGAAUCUGGUACCGCUCCAACAUUUAAUUCCCGUGCUGGUCAACCAAAAGAUUUUGAUCCUACUGGAUGGGAACUCGCCCUUGUCACCACUCCAAGUACUGAUGUUUCUGCAGUUACUGAAAGGCAAUUGGCUGGUGGGUUGGACUCACUCACUCUCAACAGUUUGUACAAUGAAGCAGCAUAUAGAGCUCAGCAGCCUGUAUAUGGUGCUGCAGCUCGAAACCCAUUUGAGGUACAAGACCCAUUUGUCAUGUCAAAUAACAUUGCUCCCCCUACAGUAGUUCAAAUGGCAGCAAUGGCUCAACAGCAAAACAAUCCUUUUGGUCCAUACCAGCCUACCUAUCAGCAGCCAUUACAGCAGCAACAUUUGAUGAUGAACCCAUCAAAUCCAUUUGGCGAUGCAGGGUUCGGAGCAUUUCCGGUGAACCAAAUGGCCCCUCUUGGUCAACCACAUGCCAAUAAUCCAUUUGGAAGCACAGGCCUAUUGUAAUGUUAAAUGUUAGGAGUUCAAUUGGUGUAUUUUGGUUGGUGCAGUUGUUUCGGCGUCUUUUGGGGGUGAGAAAAGUGUGUAGGUUGUUUUGCCAACAGUAUGAAUGGCUUUCAGCACCAGUCUUACAUUUGUACGGUUGUCAAAGUCAUUGAGUGAAUAGUUAAAAUGUAAUAAUGACUAGUUGAUACAAUUCAGAAAACUACAAGUAAUUUUGAAAAUUUGACGACUCUCUGCCUCUUUUUCUU